AUUUUUCUUAUUAAAAUCUGUUAGAGACACUCUGAAUCUUUCUGUUUGAUAAUCUUUCAUGAUCAAGCUAGAGUCAGAGUCUGGCUAGACCAGCAGUCUGUAAAAUUAUUUUGGCGAUCGCAAAUAUUUUCUUCAUAGUAAAUAUUUAACAACUGUUAAAGUUUUACCAAAGAACGAUUUUCAAACAUGCUUUUCAUUGCAUUUUUUGUGUUCGAAAUUGACAUUUUGUUUACAUUAUCCUAAUGAUCAAAACUUACCAUUCUAAAAUAUAGCGAUGUCUGUCAAAUUUAAUAUAAAAAGUGUAUUUUAGCAUACAAAAUGCAUAGUCUUUUAAAAAAAAAAUGCAUUAGAUGUCACGUGUGUUUUGGCCAGUGCGCUCAGUUCUCUCAGAUGUCCUGCUGUGUUAUUUCUGACUGUUCAACUUUGCCCCACUUCCUCUGACUGCAGUCUUAUGACAUGUAAAAAGAAACAUAAGCUUGACAGUGGCACUGCAUAACUGAACUCUGUGACUUCAGAGGGAUGCAUGUCCUUUGUAGUCCCUAUAUAGUUUCUCAUAAGACUUAAUAAGACAGAAAUUAUUAAAACAUAUUCUCCUUGGAGCUAUUUGAGGUCAAAUGGCAUAGUGGUGAUUGAUCUUAAUAAAUCUUCCUGUCAUAAAUUUCAUGGGAUAUUUCCAGAUGAUUUUAUAAGAAUUUAAACAGUCUGAUAUUUUUUUUACCCCUUAUUAUUAAUUUAGCUGAUGCUUGUUAUCUACAUGGACUUACAAUGCAUUGAUCACAAAAACAUUCAACUUGAGGUUAAGUGUCACAAAUAGCACAAUGGUGAUAUCCGUCGGUCAUCCCGACCAUAACCUUUCCCUUACUAGCCCAGAUCUUUCCACUAACUUACACCAGCUGAGCUGAAACGGUAUGUAAACAUGGCAUUCACUGAGUGUUUUCAGAAGGUAAUUUAUGAUGACCCAUCUCUUUCCUCAGGCUGUGUUUUAAGCCUGUAUAAUGGCAGAAGCUCAUCAGGCCGUGGCAUUUCAGUUCACUGUCACACCUGAUGGCAUUGACCUACAGUUGAGCCGUGAGGUUCUUAAACACAUCUACAUAUCUGGAGUGACAUCAUGGAAGAAACGUGCCAUACGCUUCAAGAACGGUGUCCUCACAGGAUCAAGACAUCUCUAUCUUUGAGUGAGUUUAUGACGGGUCAGACUCAGACGGUGUUGAGUGCCAUCCUGUUUGCCACAGGCCUGUGGUUAUCAUUCAUCUUUCUGCUGCGGUACACCCUGAAAGCUCUCCUGUCCUAUCACAGCUGGAUCUUUGAGUCACAUGGCAAAAUGAGCUUCUCUACUAAAGUCUGGCUGAGUCUUGUAAAGCUGUUGUCUGGUCGGCGACCAUUGCUCUACAGCUUUCAGGCAUCUCUGCCCCAUCUCCCGGUACCAAACAUUGAUGACACAAUCAGGAGGUAUCUUGAAUCUGUUCGACCUCUUCUGGAUGAUGAGCAAUAUAAACAGAUGGAGAUUGUUGCGAAUGACUUUAAAAAGGAUCCUGCACCCAAAUUCCAAAAACACCUUAAACUCAAAUCCUGGUGGGCCACAAAUUAUGUGAGUGACUGGUGGGAGGAGUAUAUCUACCUGAGAGGACGGGACCCCAUCAUGGUCAACAGCAAUUUCUACACAAUGGAUUUGCUCUAUGUGAUCCCUACACACAGACAGGCUGCACGAGCAGGAAAUGUAGUUCACGCCAUGCUGCAGUAUCGGCGCAAGCUGGAGCGAGGAGAACUCACCCCGCUGAGAGCUCUUGGUAUUGUCCCCAUGUGCUCUUUUCAGUAUAAGAGGAUGUUCAACACCACCCGUAUUCCUGGCAUUGAGACUGAUUUUGUGCAGCAUCUGAAGGACAGGAAGCACUUAGUUGUGUACCAUCGAGGCCGUUUCUUUAAGGUCUGGCUAUACUAUGGUGGUCGCCACCUUUCGCCCUCAGAGCUUGAGUUGCAGUUUCAACGUAUCCUGGAUGACAAGUCUGAACCUCAACCCGGAGAGAUCAAGCUGCCUUCACUGACUGCCGGGAACAGGGUUCCCUGGGCCAGGGCUCGUUUAAAGUACUUCACAGAGGGCGUCAACCAGGCGUCUCUGGAGGCCAUCGAAACAGCUGCAUUUUUUCUGACCCUGGACGAUGAAGCACAUGGAUAUGAUCCAGAGAACAUACGGUCCAUAGACCUCUAUGCCAAAUCACUACUGCAUGGAAAGUGCUACGACAGGUGGUUUGAUAAAUCCUUCACUUUGAUUGUCUACAAGAAUGGUAAAAUUGGUGUCAACACUGAGCAUUCAUGGGCGGACUCCCCCAUCAUAGGACAUAUGUGGGAGUAUGUUUUAGCCACAGACUGUUUCCACCUAGGAUAUACUGAGGAAGGACAUUGCAAAGGAGAUAUCAACAAAAGCUUGGCAACCCCUACCAGACUACAGUGGGACAUCCCAAAAGCAUGCCAGGAGAUUAUUGAAGGUUCUUAUAUGAUUGCAAAGGGAAUUGCCAAUGAUGUGGAUUUCCAUGGCUGCUUAUUUAGCGAGUUUGGGAAGGGCCUGAUAAAGAAAUGCAGAACAAGUCCGGAUGGUUUUAUCCAGCUGGCACUGCAGCUAGCUCAUUACAGGGACAAGGGUGAAUUUUGUCUGACUUAUGAAUCAUCCAUGACGCGCAUGUUUCGUGAGGGCCGGACGGAAACCGUGCGCUCAUGCACCUGCGAGUCCACGGCGUUUGUAAGAGCAAUGGAGGACGAGAGCACCACGAAUGAGCAAAGGUUGGUGCUCUUCAAAAAAGCAGCAGAUAAACAUCAGAACAUGUACCGCCUGGCCAUGACAGGAGCCGGGAUCGACCGCCAUCUCUUCUGUCUCUACAUUGUUUCCAAAGUAAUGGGCAUCGACUCACCCUUCCUCAAACAGGUUUUGUCAGAGCCCUGGCGCCUCUCCACCAGUCAGACCCCUCAACAGCAGCUCAAUCUCAUCGACAUUCAGAAGUUUCCCAAAUAUGUGGGAGCUGGAGGCGGCUUUGGGCCUGUUGCUGAUGACGGUUAUGGGGUUUCUUACAUCAUUGUCGGCGAGAAUCUCAUUACAUUCCAUAUUUCCAGCAAGUUCUCCAGCCCCGAGACGGACUCGUUCCGCUUUGGGCAGAACAUCAGACAGGCCAUGCUUGACAUAAGAGCUCUAUUCAACCUGAAAGAGAAGAAGAUGUGACUCCUAAAAACAGAAAUCUUCAAUUUCAAAGCUGACCCAAACUGAAAGCACCAGUUUAAAGUUAAUAACCCGAGCAAGCGCCACAAUUAACAACCAGUAGGUUAUGUUAGUAUUAAAUAAACAUGUAUAUAAUGAGUAGUGAAUCAGUGCACAGGAUCUAUGCUGGGGACAAGAAAGUGUAAAAACAAAUAAUGUAUUUAAUUGUAAAUAUUUUAGCAUGUGGUCUUUGGCAAAUGACUGUAAAUAUUUCAUUUGUGCAUAUUUCUAAAAUUGUAAAAUUUACUCUGCACUUAAUUACACUGAAUAACUGUACACAAAAAUCUGGAUCUUAACAUGCACACAAUCACACACAUUUUUCAAGAAUUAAAAAAAAAGAAC